UGGUUGUGUGUUUGUGCAUGUGUGUGUGUCUUUCUAUUAUUUGCCCAAAGGGGGUGUGUGUUUGUGUGCUUGUGAGAGUGUGUGUGUGUGAUUCUAUUAUUUGCCCAAAGGGUCUCUCUGUGUGUAAGAGAGUUUCUACUAUUUUCCCAAAGUGUGUGUAUUUGUGUGUGUGUGAGAGAGAGUUUCUACUAUUUGCCCAAAGAGGUUGUGUGUUUGUGUAUGCGUCUGUGUGUUUCUAUUAUUUUCCCAAAGGGUCUAUGUUUGUGUAAGAGAGUUUCUACUAUUUGCCCAAAGUGUGUGUCUAUGUGUGUGAGUGAGAGAGAGAGGGAGUUUCUACUAUUUGUCCAAAGAGUGUGUUUGUGCAUGUGUGUGUGUGUGUCUUUCUAUUAUUUCUCCAAAGGGGUGUGGUGUGUGUGUGUGUGAAGAAUUCACUUCUGAAAGCGAUUCAAGGAAAUCGAAAGAAGCCUCCAGCCCUUCUUCUGUGCAAGAUUUAACUUCCUAUUUUGGGCUGACGGUUUUUUCCCACCCAGCUGGGCAGGAAGGACAGAAAAACGAGGAGGAGCGAAGAGCUUUUUGGGGUGAUAAAAUUUCCGCCUCCUGCUUACCAGACCCAGCUCAGUCCUGGCAGGGAGGCCGCAGCCCCAGCCUUCAAGUUCGGCCAAAAUUACGAUGCUCGCUUAUUCUGCAGCAUUUCAAAUAUUUUCCUAAGAAGACGUCAUACAUUUAGGCUUCCUGGCAUCCCGUCUUUGAUAAAGUUUGGGGAGCUGUGCCCUACCUCCGCUGGGCCACCCAUAACAUGCCCUUCAAUUUGGACCCGGCUUUGCCCAGGAUGACAGGGGCUUCCCAGGCAGAUCGAGGCUUUGAAGGGAUCCUCCAGAUCCUAAAUGGGAUCCCAGCAGAGAGGCUGGUUCAGUACAGGCACAAGUUGAGCUGCUUGCACCAAGACCGGAAGAGCUGCCAUCUCCUGCACGUCAUGAUCCUGUGGUCCUUGGGGAGAGAAGUUGAGGCCAGGGUGCAUCUCAACAGCUUCAUGGAGGACGUGGUGGCCCACCAUCUCUCCCAAAGCCUCUGGGGUACGGGUGGAGCAAAGAGGACAACCCCAGAGCAACUCCAGAAGGACCAUGCCAAGGUGGCCCAAUCCGUGGCAGAGAUCUACUCACUCUUGGUUGACGAGAAGCUCUGCGACACCCUGGCCAGAGACGAGGCCUACAGAGAAGCUGUCCGAGCCUUUCAAGCAAGCCACGUUGAAGGAGCCCAACUCAAAGGUCUCCUGGAUGAAGCUAUGGAGAAGUGUGGACCGCAGUUCAUCUCAACGGUGCCCGGGGAUAAUUUCAGAGCUCUGGCCUCAGGUAGAUGGGAGUUGACUCCGGCCAGAAGGAGCAGUCCGGUGUCAAUCGGUAGCUCUUCUCCUCCCGAUAACCCUCAGUCUUUACGUUCUACAGGUAGCCCCAUCUCCCACAUCAGCAGCCUUAAGAUCAGCGAGAGUUCAGUAACCUCCGACAGCCCUUCCAGCACAGGAGGCUCCUUGUCUCUACCACCAACCGGCCAAGGAGAAGACAUCAGCUCUAAGUCGUUGGUCAACAGCUGCUCCACCAAUUCAAGAAAACCUUCCCUACCAAAUUCCAGAGGUCCCUGUUUACUGCCUGACUCUAAAAUCACACUGUCUCCCACAGCAUCUGCCCAGGGCCUGCCAACCCCAAAAACAACACCAUCAGGAGAUCUGACAUGCACCUUUCAAGCUCCAUCUCUGCAGAAGCCGGGUUCAGCAUCUUCUGCAGGAAAUGGUCCGCCCCGUUCCUCUGCUCCGGCACCAAUCACGAGUUUUGGACCUCUGCUGUCUUCUUCUUCUUCUACUUCGGAUCUUGCCUCUUGUAGCUCAGAACCUUCUUCUUCGAUGGUCCCACCAGACGAUGAAAGGCAGUUCUACACCUUCGUAGUCCUGCAUGCCGCAGAAGAUGAGCUGGUGGCUUGCCGGGUGAAGGAUCGCUUGGAGGCCUUGGGUGUCUCCAACGGGGCCACCUUCAGCGAGGAUUUCCUCAUUCCUGGGUGUGGCCAACUCAACUGUUUCCAGAACGCCUUGGACAACUCAGCCUUCACGCUCGUACUCCUGACAAGGAACUUCAUGGGACGCCUUUGUGACUAUCAACGUGACACGGCCUUGAUGGACUCCCUCACCCGCUGUUGCAAGAGGAACUCAGUGAUUCCGUUUGUGCCCAAGGAACAUUCACGAAAUUUCGGGGAAAUGCCCCUCCUGCUCGCUUCGCUGGUGCCCUUGCGUGAAAACUCUCCCGUGUUUGAGAAGAGAGUGAAGAAGACCUUCACUCCAAAGGUGAUCCGGGAAAAGAAAGCUACCUGGGACCUCAUGAGAAAGAUCCAGGAAAGAGAGGAGGAGAGAGAACGAGAACGAGAAAACUUGAGGCUGCAGCAACAUCUCGCUGUCCUCAAUCUUCCGUCAUCAGUUCGACCACCGGUGGUGGACAUGUCAAGAAUGGAAGCCCAAGCAGGCGAUGAGACUCAAGGCUUUCCUCCUUUGGCAACGUCCUUCAUGAAACUGGGACUCGACCAGGCUUCCUUCUCCCAACCGUUCCUGUCCUUGGUGGGUUCUCCAAACGCAAUGCCGGGUCCCCAGUUCAUCAUUCAGAAUGCCCAGAUGGUUCAGAUCGGUGACUAUAACCACAUGCAGGUGGAAAAAAGCAACGCAACGGUUGGCACGGCCAAUGAGACCGUUGAGAGGGCACCGGUGGUGGAAAAGGAAGACAACCCCAGAGAAUGGAAACAAGACGGAUGAAAGGAGACGGCCGAAAAAUGUCUUAAAUUUCCUAAUCAUCAAAUUUCCUCAAUGAUCUUGUCGAGGGAAGGGGCCACUUUGACUUGUGACAUCGUGCGAAGAUGUAGGGGCCAACAAGAACUGGGACCUUGAAUGGAGGAGCAGCACAGGAGGACCUGAAGUCCACCUGAGCUUCAUGGGUGACUAUCUCCUCUUUGCAAUCCUCCAACAGGGACUUGCGAAGGGCAAAAUGCAUUAUAGGUAGUGCUCGAACUUAUAACCAUUCAUUUAGUGACUGUUCAAAGUUACAAGAAAAAAAAGGCACCGUUUUCCACACUUAUGACCGUUGCAAUAUGCCCAUGGUUGUGUGAUCAAAAUUCAGACGCUUGAUCACUGGUUCCUAUUUAUGACGGUUGUGGUGUCCCAAGGUCACGUGAUCCUCUUUUGCGACCUUCCAAGAAGCAAAGCCAAUAGGGAAACCAGAUGGUCUUAGCAACUAAUAUUGCUAACUUAACAACUGCAGUCACUUAACAACUGUGGCAAGCAAGGUCGUAAAAUGGGGCAAAAAUCACUUAACAACUAUCUUGCUUAGCAAGAUGUUGACCUCAGCUGUGGUCCUAUGUCGAGCACUACCUAUAUCUGUGAUGGUGAACCUAUGGCAGGUGUGCCACAGGUGGCACGUGAAGCCAUAUCUGUGGGCACACGAGCGUUGCCCUAGCUCAGCUCCAGUGCACAUGCGUGCACCGGCCAGCUGAUGUUUGGGCCUUUAGGGCCCACUGGAAGUCAGGAAAUGAGCUGUUUCUGACCUCCAGAGAGCUUCUGGGGAGGGUGGGGAAGGCUGUUUUUGCCCUCCCCAGCCUCCAAGAAAGCCUCUGGAGCCUGGGGAGGGCGAAAAAAUGGGCCUUCCAAGCCCAGCAUGCCAUCACGUGCCAAAAGCGGAGGAGGGGAGGCACAGGGGGCAUUAAAUUAUGGGUGUGGGCGCACGCGCGCACGACCCUCCUGCACUCCUUCCACUUUUAGUACAUGGCGGCAAAAAGGUUAGCCAUCACUGACUUAUAUUUUUAAUUUUGCAAUUUGGGAGACAAUUUUGAGAUCCUUCAGUGCUCUUUAGAAAAGAUGGGGCGCCAUUUUGCUCCUUUUUUUGCAACCCAGCCAAGACUUCAAAAGGGAUGAAUCUCAAAGGACAGAGAUAAGAGGGCACCUAUUUCUUUCAAACCCCACCGAUUUAACUUGGUUGAAAAUUCUGGGAUGUGUACGAUUGCUUUAUGCUGCGCGACAUCUGCGCAAUAUAUGUGUGCCUUUGAAAAUGCCUUGGUUCAUGUUGCAGAUGGAAUUAUAAGGAUCCUGGUUUGAUUUUGGUUUAAGAGGCGAAGAGUCGCUGUGAUCUUAUUUACGGCUUGGUGUGUCUGAACUGAAUUGUGGCUUAACUCUAUAUAACCAGGUUUAAGCCACGGCUUAAGACAAGGGCGUAGCAAUCGAGAGCUCUUUUAGAUUCCAGGCAAUGCUGGAUCAUAACAAUCAAGAUAGCGAAGAUAUAUGGACUUCAACUCCCAGAAUUCCCCAGCCAGCUUGGCUGGCUGAGGAAUUCUGGGAGUAGAAGUCCACAGGUCUUAAAAGUUGCCAAGGUUGGACGCCCAUUUAAAACUUUGGAUAUUUUACCAGUGGUAAAUACUACCAGUAAGAUAAGAACCUGAAGUUGAAAUAUUAAAGUUGAAAUUGAAAUCCA